CUUUAAUCCCAGCAGGGCGCCGCGCCCUGCCUGGCAUCACUCACCUGCAGCCUCAACACUCUCCAGCCUUCAAAACUUUCCAGACUUUCCAGGAUUUCCCAGAACCUCCAGACCCUCCAGGCUCCAGAACAAUCAGCAUGUCGGGCAUCGCGGCCGCCGUGCAGCACCGCCGGGAGAAGAACCAGGGCAUCGGCACCAACAGUCAGGCGGUGAAGUACCUGAACCAGGACUACGAGGCUCUGCGACAGCGCUGCUUCGAGUCCGGCCGUCUGUUCCAGGACGAGUCGUUCCCGGCGCUGCCCUCCUCACUGGGCUUCAACGAACUGGGCCCGAACUCCUACAAGGUCCGGGGGGUGUCCUGGCAGAGACCGACGGAGAUGACCUCUGACCCUGAGUUCAUCAUCUCUGGAGCGUCCAGAACCGACAUCUGUCAGGGGGCUCUGGGUGACUGCUGGCUGCUUGCUGCCAUCGCCUCUCUGACUCUGAAUGAGGAGGUUCUGGCUCGAGUUGUCCCACAUGGACAGAGCUUCAGGGACGGAGAGUACGCUGGCAUCUUCCACUUCCAGUUCUGGCAGUUCGGUGAGUGGGUGGACGUGGUGAUUGAUGACCGUCUGCCGGCCAAAGAUGGAGAGCUGCUGUUCGUCCACUCGGCUGAGGGGAGGGAGUUCUGGAGCGCUCUGCUGGAGAAAGCCUACGCCAAGUUGAACGGAUGCUACGAGGCUCUGUCCGGAGGAUCCACCACCGAGGGCUUCGAGGAUUUCACCGGAGGAAUCGCUGAGGUCCACGAGCUGAGUCGACCCAGUCCUCAGCUGUUCCACAUCAUCCAGAAGGCUCAGAGCCGCGGCUCACUGAUGGGCUGCUCCAUAGAUAUCACCAGCUCAGCCGACUCGGAGGCAGUCACCCGACAGAAGCUGGUGAAAGGCCACGCCUACUCUGUGACAGGUACAGCCCAGGUGGAAUACCGUGGCAACAUAGAGAAGCUGAUCCGGAUCAGGAACCCCUGGGGUCAGGUGGAGUGGACCGGAGCCUGGAGUGAUGAAUGUUUCCUCCAUAGUUCGCAGCAGUGGCGUAACAUCAGCGAUGAGGACAGAGAGCGCCUGAGUCAUCGCUCGGAGGACGGAGAAUUCUGGAUGUCUUUCUCUGACUUCCUGCGACAUUACUCCCGAUUGGAGAUCUGUAACCUGACGCCGGACGCCCUGAGCGAUGACUCCGUCACCAAGUGGGCUCUGUCCAAGUUCGAUGGCAGCUGGAGGAGAGGAUCCACCGCCGGAGGCUGCAGGAACUAUCCCAACACGUUCUGGACCAACCCUCAGUUUGUGAUCCGGCUGGAUGAGGAGGAUGAUGACCCGGAUGACGGAGAGGCCGGCUGCAGCUUUGUGGUCGGCCUGAUCCAGAAGAACCGCAGACGCAUGAGGAAGAUGGGAGAGGACAUGCACACGGUGGGAUUCGCCAUCUACGAGGUUCCUGAUGAGUACCGUGGUCAGAGGAACGUCCACCUGAACAGAAACUUCUUCCUACGUCACGCCUCGGCCGCUCGCUCUGAAACCUUCAUCAACCUGCGAGAAGUGUGCAGCCGCUUCUGUCUUCCUCCUGGAGAGUAUCUGAUCCUGCCAUCCACCUUUGAGCCCAACAAGGAUGGAGACUUCUGCGUCCGAGUGUUCAGCGAGAAACAAGCCAACUUUCAAGAGCUGGACGACCCUGUGGAGAGCCGAGUGGAGAAGAUUGAGAUCGAUGAGGAUGACGUGGACGAUCGAUUCAGAAGUCUGUUUGGUCAGCUGGCAGGAGGGGACUGUGAGAUUUCGGCCUUCGAGCUGCAGAAGAUUCUCAACAAAGUGGUGACCAAACGAUCUGACAUCCAGACCAGCGGCUUCAGCCUGGAGACGUGUCGCAACAUGGUCAACCUGCUGGAUAAAGACGGCUCUGGUAAACUGGGUCUGGUGGAGUUCAAAGUGCUGUGGACCAAAAUCGAGAAGUUCCUGAACAUCUACCGGGAGAAGGACGUGGAUAACUCGGGGACGAUGAGCUCCACAGAGAUGAGGACAGCUGUCGAGGAAGCCGGGUUCAGUCUGAACAAUGCUCUCCAUCAGGUCCUCGUGGCUCGUUACAGCGAAUCAGAUCUCACCAUCGACUUUGACAACUUUGUGGGCUGCUUGGUUCGUCUGGAGACCAUGUUCAACACCUUCAACACUCUGGACAAAGACAACUCAGGAAACAUCGAGCUCAACAUUCUGGAGUGGCUGAAUGUGUCUCUGCUGUGAAGAACCAGGACCAGCGGAUCCUGAUCCUGAUCCUGAUCCAGGUCCUGAUCCUGGUCCUGAUCCAGAUCCAGAUCCAGAUCCAGGUCCUGAUCCUGGUCCAGAUCACAGCAGAAAAAAUGUCCUCCUUUUGGUGAAUGGAGUUUGGUUGUUGUUGUAAUCAUAUGUAUGGAACAGAGAGGAAGCUGAACUGAUCGAUCACUUUGUUGAUCAGAUACAAUCAGUUAUUAAAUUUUUUUUUAUUGAUCAUAGAUCCAUAGAGGGGCAGUGACAUCAGCCAGGAGCUCAUGUUCCGAUUGGUCCAGCAGGCUUUCCUGUGUUUUAAUGUGUUCAUCAAUAAAGACGAUAAUCAGA